AUGUCCGCAUUGCUGGUGGGUUAUAUCUAUGCCUUUCCGGUGAAACCCAUGCAGCGGAGUUCUGUUGAUGUCAAAGACAGUUGCCUCAACUUAUUUGACUGUUCUCUCGGCUGUGACCAUUUCGAGUUUGGCGCAUCCAGUGAUGAAGAGGUUAAGACCUCGCUGCGUGUCUGCCUCACUUAUGACGUCCAGUGUGCCCUCGUCAAAGAGGAGCAGGUUGCCAGCUGCUCGGUAGUUGAUAUUGAUUCCUCGCCGAUCAACACGGAAGAUGCUUGUUAG